AUGUUGUCUUUGUCGUAUUCUUCAUCUAGUGGCAAGGAAAUUAUGACAAGUGAUACUCAAAACAAGAAGAAAAUAUCACAAAGAGGUGUCACAAUGCUUACUAAAGUAACAAAAGUUCACAAAUCUGAUAAUAAAUUUCCUAUCGUGUUUGAUUUGUAUUAUAGAGUAGUUGAUGGUGAAUACUCUUCGCUUUUUAAGAGUUAUGUUGCGUUCCUUGGAUGUAGCAAAGUUAGCAUAUUGAUAGAUGAUUGGAAACAAGCGCCAGAGGCUAUCAAAGAUAGCAUAUAG